AUGUACAAAGUUUUUGACGAAUCGCUCAAAAUCAUAUUAUCCGAUAUACCUUUUGUUCCACAUGAAUAUCAAGGAAUUUCUUAUAAUAUUCCGAUUUUUCUCGACUUGGAUACGAAUUUAAAUUUAUUUAAUCGACUGUUGUUUUGGAUUGAAUUAUUUGCAAUUCUGCCAUCGAUGAUUUUUGUGUCUUGGAUUAUUUGGAUGCUUUCAUCGAUUUCCUUGUUUCAUAAAAAUAUCACAGUAAUUUGGUGUUAUGUUAAUGUUUUUCUGAUGGCUGGAGCAGCGAGUAGAAUUUAUUUGGUGAUGAUUCAAUUGAACUUGGUACCAAAAUUGGAAAUUGUUCUUUAUUUAACUAGUUUCAUACGAAUUGAAUGCUAUGAAGGGUUUUUAUUGAUCAUUCCCGUUGUUACUAUUGAAAGGUAA